AUGAAGGUUCCCUUUUCUGUAAACACUCAAAACAACCCAAAACCACCGCCCGCCACCGCCGCCGCCGCCUACGAGCCCAAAUCAGUUCUUGAGCUAUGUGGCAGUCCAAUUUCUAAUCAAAAGCCUUUGAUAUUGGUGGACCCACAAUUGGUGGAUUGGGAUUCUUUCAGCGAGUUGGGUUUGCAUGAUCAUCAUGAUCCUAACUCAGUUUCCAAACCCACUAUUCAUCAACUCAAUUCGCAUCCGCUGACUCAGAUUAUUCCAACCGAUCAGUACUCAAAUCAGCUUCUACAAACUGAUUUCGGCUCUCUGUCGGAUAUACCAUUGAUCCAUGAUAACUCCUAUAGUAUCAAUUCAUUCGACAGCUUCACCAGUUUUGACGGCUACGUAAACGAGUUGAUCCAACUCGCUGAGUCCAUCGACACCAACUCACUUCAACUCGGGAACGUGCUACUUUCGCGGCUCAAUCAGACACUCAGUUCUCCAGCCGGAAAACCUCUCCAGAGAAUUGCCUUCUAUUUCAAGGAAGCCCUUCAGUGCCUACUCACCGAGUCAACUCGGCCGAGUCGUCACCCAACCACUUCUUCCGAGAUUAUUCAAACCAUCAAAGCCCAGAAAAUCUUCUCCACCAUCUCUCCGAUUCCAAUGUUCGCCAGCUUCACGGCUAACCAAGCUGUGCUUGAUGUCAUGGACAACUCGACAAGUGUCCACGUCAUCGAUUUCGACAUCGGGCUCGGCGGCCAUUGGGCUUCGUUCAUGAAAGACCUAGCCAGUAGAGCCACGCCGCCGCCAGCGCUCCGAAUAUCGGCUGUUGUUUGUGAACAGUACGGGGUGGAGUCGAGGCUGAUUAGGGAGAGUUUAGUUCAGUUUUCACGUGAGCUUAAUAUCGAUCGGUUUGUAAUCGACUUUAUCUCGGUACGAACAUUCGAGUAUCUAUCUUUCAGAUCGAUUAAAUUCACCGACGGUGAAAAGGUGGCCGUUCUUUUAUCUCCGGAGAUAUUCCAUCGUGUGGGGACGGAGUUCCUGAAUGACCUCCCACAAGUGUCCCCAUACGUGGUGGUGCACGUAGGUAUCCAAGGGGGGCUUGAUUCCGGAUCGUCGUCGUCGUGUCGGCAGGCUGUGAUCGACGGGAUUGAGUUGUACUCCGCUCUGCUGGAAUCACUGGAAGCAGCUGAAUCUGACGGCGGCGGUGACUGGGUUCAGAUGAUUGAAGCGUUUGUGGUGUUUCCUAUGAUUGUGGAGGCGGCGGGCCGGCGGGGGAUUGGGUCGAGGGAGGCGCUGGCGGCGGCAGGAUUAAGAGAGGCGGGGCUGAGCCAACUGGCAGAGCUUCAAGCAGAGUGUCUAGUGAGGAGAGGGAGAGUGGAGGGAUUCCACGUCGUCAAACAACAAGCGGAGAUGCUGCUUUGCUGGCACGAUAGGCCAAUUGUUGCCACGUCAGCUUGGAAGUAUUAG